AUGGCUUCUACUCCUCCCACCGAUUACGGCAAGGAGGCCGUUCUCGAUGUCUCCGAGACACGAGAUGUCGAGACUGGUGAGGUCAAAAACGGCGGUCUCAAGCAAGAUCUCAAGAACCGACACAUGCAAAUGAUUGCCAUCGGUGGUGCUAUCGGUGCUGGUCUCUUCGUCGGUUCAGGUGGUGCCCUCCAGAAGGGUGGCCCUGCUGCUCUCCUCAUCGGCUAUCUCAUCAUCGGUAUCAUGCUUCUCUGCACAUGCUUGGCCCUCGCUGAGAUGGCUGUCCUCUACCCCGUCAACGGUGCCUUCUUCACAUACAUCGUCCGCUUCGUCGAUCCUUCAUGGGGUUUCGCCAUGGGUUGGCAAUACGCUCUUGCUUGGUUGACUGUCCUGCCUUUCGAACUCAUCGCCGCUUCUAUCACCAUCAGAUUCUGGAGAGAAGAUAUCAACAUGGCUGUCUGGGUCUCUGUCUUCCUUGUUGUCCUCAUGGGCAUUCAGAUCUUCGGUGUUCGAGGUUACGGUGAAGUUGAGUUUGUUCUCUCCAUCAUCAAGAUCUGUGCCUGUGUUGGUUUCAUCAUCCUCGGUAUUGUCAUCAACUGCGGUGGCGUUGGCGACCAGGGCUACAUCGGUGUCAAGUACUGGCGCGAUCCUGGUGCUUUCACCAGCUUCAAGGGUUUCUGCGCUGUCUUCGUCGUCGCUGCUUUCUCCUUCGGUGGUACUGAGAUGGUCGGUCUGGCUGCUGCUGAGUCUGCCAACCCCCGCAAGUCUAUCCCCAUGGCUAGCAAGCAGGUCUUCUGGCGAAUUGCCAUCUUCUACAUUCUUAACCUGUUCAUCGUCGGUCUCAUCCUCCCCGCCAACGACCCUCGCCUGAUGGGUGCCAGCGGUGCCAACACCAAGGCCUCUCCCUUCGUCCUCGCUAUCCAGGAUGCCGGUAUCAAGGUCCUCCCUAGCAUCAUGAACGCUGUCAUCACUGUUGCUGUUCUCUCCGUUGCCAACUCCUGCACUUUCGGUUCUACCCGAACCAUCCAGGCUAUGGCUGAGCGCAACAUGGCUCCUAACUUCUUCAAGUACAUCGACUCCAAGGGCCGCCCUCUCUACUGUGUUAUCCUCCAGAUCGCCUUCGGUCUCCUUGCCUACAUUGGCGCUGCUCCUCAGGGUAUGGAGAUUUUCGGCUGGCUCCUGGCCCUUACUGGUCUUGGCUUCCUCUUCGUCUGGGGCUCUAUCUGCCUCGCUCACAUCCGCAUGCGUGCCGGCAUGAAGGCUCAGGGCGUCAACCUCGGUCUCAUUCCCUACAAGACCCCCUUCGGCGUUGCUGGAUCUUACCUCGGUCUCGGUCUCAACAUCCUCGCCCUCAUCGCCUCUUUCUACACUGCUCUCUACCCUGCCUCCGGCGCCUCUCCCAACGCUGAGGCCUUCUUCAGCUCUUACCUCGCCUUCUUCUCUGUUGCCCUUCUCUACCUCGGCUACAAGAUCUGCACACGCAAGUGGCAGAUGUUUGUCCGUCCCUCUGAGAUGGAUCUGGCCAGCGGCGCUGUCUGGUUGGAGGAGGAGGAGCCCAAGGAGCCCUUCGUCUGGGCUGACGCCCCCAAGAGGGUUCUCCGAAGCUUUUUCUAA